AUGUUGAAAUGGUUGGCUAACAAUAUUCCGAAUUGUGUUCAAAGAAACUACACAUUGGCAAUUCCGAUCACCUACAAAAUGAAUCGGAAUGGAAAUGUUCAAUUCUUGCAGCAACAACAACAAGAAUGGCGAUGGAAAUCUUCAUCAGCAAAAUCAUCAUUGGAUAGUAGUAAUAAUAAUCAUGCUUUCAAAACAAAAAAUCAAGAAACCUAUCGGGAUGCAAAUAACAAGAGAGAAAAUCAACUAAAUAACUCCUCCAGUAAAUUGAAUACGAAUAACCGAAAUACCAACAAUAAUUCAAACAGAGUGCAGAAAGCCUCAUCUUCAAAGUUUACUAAACAGGUAACAGAAUCCCAAGCUCCAAAACAUAAAAUCAAUCACAAUGAAGAACAAGCCGAAAUGAAGAGAAAAAUUGUAAGCAACAAUCAAAACCUUAAAGGUGAACAACAAGCGUCAUUAUUGCCCAUGAAGCAAAACAAGAGUAGCACCAAAUCCUUUACAAAAUCAUUGCCAAAUGUUUCCUUCUCUAUGAAUUCGACUCAAUCACCAAAGAAAGGACCCCUAAAACAGAAAGAAAGCCACUUCAACGAGAAUGACGACGACGAUUAUGAAAUUGGAGAUUAUGAUGAAGAAUUGGAUGAUUUGGAAGAUGAAAACCCAAAAAGCAAGGGAAAAAACACUUCACACAAAUAUAAGCAAGAACAACAAUCCGAAGUGGUCGAUAUUGUUUCCAAAGAAAAGCUAGACGAAUAUGUAACAAUGUUUAACAAGCCAGGUGUGUCGAGUAAUAAGAAAUUCAGGUCAUUACCUGUGGUCGACUCGAUACUUAAAGAAAUAUUUCUUUGUGGUCUUGCACGAAAGGGUAUAAAGCAGUUUGAUUACUUAACAUAUUUAAUUGGAGGCAAAGACGCCAAAUCAGAAAUUUCUGAAUCCUCAAAAAAGGAGCUUGAAGAAAUGGUAAAUCAAAACCGAGUCAUUGAAGCUCAACUCAAACGUCAACAAAUUUCCAAAAGAACAAACAAAACUAAUGUCAUUUACAAUCAAGCUGAAUUUAGAGCAGAUAUGCAGGUUAAUGAAGAAUGCGUAAAUUGGAUAUUUAAAAAUAACAGAAUGAAAUAUAUGGGCUCGGUUGGACUCUCUGAAGAAGAUGAACAACGAAUCAUGGAAGAAUUUGAGAAAAAUGAAUUGGAACUAGAGGAAGACGAAGAAGAAAAGAAAGCAGAUUCUCAGUUAACGUCACAAGAUUUAGAGUCCAUGCCAAAAGAAGAAUUGAAUGCUCUUCUUGAAAAACAAGAAAAUAUUUAUGAGCUCUAUAAGAAAUAUUAUGAAGAGUCAAACGUUGAAGACGACGAAGAGGCAGACAGUGAAAGUACAAAGAAAUCAACCAAAGAGAAGGAAUCAGAAAAUGCAACGAAUACCUAUAAUCGAAAACUCUAUCCAAUGGAGGGAAUAAUCCAAAAAACAAAAGGAAUCCCUCAAGUUGCAUUUAUUGGAAGAUCUAACGUGGGAAAGAGUUCACUCAUCAAUGCCAUAACAGGACGAAAUAAUUUAAAGGCCUCAGAGCGUCCUGGUGAAACUAAGGAUUUGAAUUUUCAUCGAUUCGGAAAGGCUUUUUGCUUGGUUGACAUGCCUGGUUAUGGAUUUGCCUUUACGAAAGAAAGUUUUGUCACACAAAAAUGGUUAGAACUGAUGAAAUCAUAUUUUGUGAAAAGUGGAUCCGAUUUGAAAAUGGUUUUCAUGCUCAUUGAUUCUCGUCUUGGCCUGAAGAGAAGGGAUGUCGAUAUGAUUAACUUUUUGGACCAGAACAAGGUUCCCUUUCAAAUUGUUCUGACCAAGUGUGAUUUAACAUUUGUUGAUGACUUGGCGAGAAUGGCAUUCAAGAUUUUCAAAUUAGACCCAAUUAGAAAAGGUUUCACACUCAAUUAUCAUGCUAAGGAUGAGAACACUAAGGACUAUCGAAUGAUAUUUGUGAGCGCUCGAUCGAAAACUGGCGUUGCUAGACUAAAGGAAGAUAUUGUGCUGAAAUAUUCCAGUUUUGACAAGGAGCAAUGGAAGAGGAAUGUCAAGAAAAAUGUUGUGUUAUUUGUUUGA